GAAUUACUGCACAGCGCUCUCUUAAGUUGGAUCUUCUCUGUCUUCACGGAAACCAGAAAACAUAUAAAAGUAUGGCGAUCUUUAGAAUAAGACAAAAGAGCUUCGUGCGCGUCUGGACGUUUCCCGUGAUCGUGGCCGUGGUGUGUGCGCAAAGUGUCAAUGAUCCAAGCAACAUGUCUCUCGUAAAAGAAACUGUUGAUAGACUAUUGAAAGGAUAUGACAUUCGCUUGAGGCCAGAUUUUGGAGGUCCUCCGGUGGGAGUGGGGAUGAAUAUAGACAUAGCCAGCAUAGACAUGGUCUCAGAAGUGAAUAUGGACUACACACUGACUAUGUAUUUCCAGCAAGCCUGGCGAGACAAGCGUCUGUCCUAUUCUGAGAUUCCUCUUAACCUGACGCUGGAUAACCGGGUAGCCGAUCAGCUGUGGGUGCCAGACACAUACUUCCUAAACGACAAGAAGUCUUUUGUACAUGGUGUAACAGUGAAGAACAGAAUGAUCCGUCUCCAUCCAGAUGGCACUGUGCUUUGCAAAUAA